CACUCGGACUCAGUGCCGCCAUCUUGGACACUGGAACUCCUGACUUCUGCACUUCCGCAAACGAAACUUCGAGAAACGGAGAGAUAUCUGUAGAACUGCUGGGUAUAUACAAUCGUUAUUGUGAUGUCGACUGUCCGAGGAUAAUAUCUAACAAGCUUGACUUGAAGUCAUUUUGACGGUUUCAGUUUAUUUGUACCACGUCGACGGAAGUCGGGGCGAAACCUGCCAGUCGGAGACUGAAGUGCAGACGAUUUCUGUGCUGCGCAACUUUGUAGACCCUUCACCUGCCUUCCCUUUUCCUUCUCUUUCGCCGGUAUAAGUGAGAACGUCGGGUCACCAUGGUGUUGGCAGAUUUGGGCAGGAAGAUUACGAACGCGUUGCGGUCCCUCAGCAAUGCCACUGUUAUCAAUGAGGAGGUGCUGAACUCCAUGCUGGGGGAGAUCUGCAGAGCUCUGAUUGAGUCAGAUGUCAACAUCAUGCUGGUCAAGAAGCUCAGGGAAAAUGUCAGAGCAUCUCUCGAUCUUGACGACAUGGCAGCAGGUCUGAACAAGCGGAGGAUGAUCCAGUCUGUGGUCUUCAGGGAGCUCUUGCCUACUAUUACCAGAAGAAAGGAUGGAAAAGCUGUUUGACUUGUGCCGACACUUUCAGAGCAGGUGCCUUUGACCAACUGAAACAGAAUGCAACAAAAGCCAGAAUACCUUUCUAUGGCAGCUACACAGAAAUGGACCCUGUAGUGAUCGCAGCAGAAGGUGUGGAGAAGUUCAAACAGGAGGGUUUCGAGAUCAUCAUAGUGGACACCAGCGGCAGACACAAGCAGGAGGACUCUCUGUUCGAGGAGAUGUUACAAGUGUCAAAUGCUGUUAGCCCGGAUAAUAUUGUGUUUGUCAUGGACGCCUCUAUAGGACAGGCCUGCGAAUCUCAAAGCUGGACAGCCUGGACGGAGCUAAGAUGCUGCAGCGACAGUCGGGGCGCAUCGCUCGGGUGGCCAGAGGCGCCGGGGUGUCUGUAAGGGAAGUGCAGGAGCUCCUGUCUCAGUACACCAAGUUUGCUGCCAUGGUCAAGAAGAUGGGAGGCAUCAAGGGCCUUUUCAAAGGUGGGGACAUGGCGAAGAAUGUGAACCCCUCCCAGAUGGCCAAGCUGAACCAGCAGAUGGCCAAGAUGAUGGACCCGAGAGUGCUGCAGCAGAUGGGAGGAAUGGCAGGACUCCAGAACAUGAUGAGGCAGUUUCAGCAUGGAGCAGGGCAGGCCAAGGGGCUGGCAGAUCUUGCUGGGCUCAACAAGUGAUGGGAAGGAUGCCUUCAGUUUUAUCUCAGUGAGGGAAGGAAUGUAUCUUAUACAUGUACAAUGGAAUAAGCUGUAUGAUGUGAAAGCAUAAUCUCCAGGCAGAUUUACCAGUGGCAUAAGAUAGUAUCAAAGCUGGCCAAAGGGAGUCAUCAGCCUCCGGUAGCCAAACACACUCCUAGGCUGGCUUCGCUCCUCUGGCAGCUUUGGAUACUAUCUUAUGCUACUGUAGGAUCUGCUUAGAGAUUAGUGACAGCCGGGCAAUGGUUUGAAAUGGUUUGAUUG